GUCCUUUGGGUGCGCAGUGCUGCCAGAUACAGAGCCACGUCAGGCCUGUAGCAACUGCUCCUCUUCUUCUGCCUCUCCAAGGUUAGAUACAGGCCUGCCCAACCAGCCGGAAACACUCGAAGGAUCAGACGCUGGGAGCAGAAUUGACACCACGAUACCAGACGAUUAAGUUUUUGUUUCUUUGCGUUCAGAUUUUCCCCGACACAGAAGCUUUAGGUGUCGCGUAGGGAGCUGUAGAAUUAUCAGCCGGGACAUUGGCAGUGUUAUUUCGUCUCAAAAAGAAGGUAUUGCAGCGAAGACAAUAUCGUUAUCGCCCGUCUUAUUGGUGCUUAAUGGAAACUCGCAAUCAUAAAAAAUGGUUGCAUUUGGAGAAUAUCCGUGAAUGCGAUCGUCUCCUUCCGACAUCGGUGCGUCAGAGAAAACAACUCAGCUAGCUGGGCUCCGGGUUGGGUGUGAAGUCUUCACUGUGCACCGUGUGCUGCUGGAGUGAAGGUGACUUGCGCCCCGUCGCAGUCAAGGCAAUGCGGAGAGGUGUCGCAGGCGCUCAUCCGGUACUUCUCCUGCGCUCUGAGGCUCGUCUGGGAACAUAUUUACUUCGUCUCCCACACUAGAGAGAAGGAAGGCAAGAGAUAGACGGAGCAAUAACAAUAAACGAGGCUUGACCCAGCCAGCAGUUGGCGAAGGUGAAUUCAGCGUAAUCGGAGAUAAUAAGGUGAACAGUAAGGUGCGGGCUAGUGAGGCAGGAACAGAGAAAGUGGUGGAGUUUGGUAGGGAAAUAAUACAAAGCCGUUCUGUAUUAGGGCUGUUUUAUUAGUGGAUGUGUAUGCAUGAGUUCUGCAUCGAAUGGGCGCAAAAACCGCCCCAGAUCAGCCGGGAACAUCUUCCAAAUCGGCAAGCCUCCUUCCCGCGACCCAGAGAGGAGGGAGAGCACCGAAAGUACCCGCAAAGCCCAGCGCGCCGUGGCCGACUGCAGAAUGAUCGUCCAAGAGUUCAACACGCUUGUGGCUCUGUACCGUGAACUGGUCAUCUCCAUUGGCGAAAUCACUGUGGACUGUCCUUCUUUACGGGCCGAAUUGCUGAAGACCCGAACUAAAGGCUGCGAAAUGGCGCGAGCUGCUCACCACAGUCUCUCCUUGAUAUCAGGGCCGGAGGACGGGGAGAUCCACCCUGAGAUCUGUCGGCUCUUCAUCCAGCUGCAGUGCUGUCUCGAGAUGUUCAUCACUGAGAUGCUCAAGUCUGUCUGCUUGCUGGGCUCCCUGCAGCUCCACAGGAAAGGUAAGGAUGGCUGCGGCCCCACUGGAGGGGACAAUAAGAAGGAGGACAGCUCGGACAUCCCCAUCCUCGAGGAGACCUCCUCCUCCCCCACCGACUUUCCUCAGCUCUGCUGGCUGGUGGCCAAUGACAUAGAGAACAUUGAAAGGGAUAUGAGAGAGAUGAAAAACCUUCUCAGUAAACUCAGGGAGACAAUGCCUUUACCAUUGAAGAACCAAGACGACAGCAGUUUGCUGAACCUGACUCCAUACCCUCUGGUCCGACAGAGGAAGAGGCGGUUCUUUGGGCUCUGUUGCCUGGUAACCAGCUAAGGGCCCCGCCUUUGUGGGUAGGAGGCGGUAACAAAGACACCAUUACCCACUGUCCUUCACCACUUGUGUCUCCCACCAAUCUAUUACUGCCAUUUUCAAAUAAAUUGUCUCUUUCUCUUUUUUUUAAA